AUGUCUGCCUCCACGAAUGCCGGCGCUGUUGACCAGCUUGCCAAUGACCUUGGUGCCACCUCCCUGAAUGGUGGCGACAAGAAUGCCCCUGCUAUCAACACCAAUGUUGAGUCGGGCGUCCAGGGCGACGAUGUCGACACUGCGGGCCCUACCCCGAGCUCCGCUGCUCCCCACCCUCAGGCCUCGGCGUCCCUGUACGUCGGCGAACUGGAUCCUUCCGUCACUGAGGCGAUGCUUUUCGAGCUCUUCUCCCAAAUCGGGCCAGUUGCCUCGAUUCGUGUCUGCCGUGAUGCCGUCACCCGUCGCUCCCUCGGCUAUGCUUACGUCAACUACAAUACGACGUCCGAUGGCGAGAAGGCUCUCGAGGAGCUCAACUACACACCCAUCCACGGCCGUCCCUGCCGCAUCAUGUGGUCCCAGCGUGACCCCGCCCUUCGCAAAACCGGCCAAGGCAAUGUCUUCAUCAAGAACCUCGAUGUUGCCAUUGACAACAAGGCCCUCCAUGACACUUUCGCUGCUUUUGGCAACAUCUUGAGCUGCAAGGUCGCUCAGGACGAGCACGGCAACUCCAAGGGCUACGGUUUCGUCCAUUACGAGACAGAUGAGGCCGCUGGUCAAGCCAUCAAGCAUGUUAACGGCAUGCUGCUCAAUGAGAAGAAGGUCUACGUCGGCCACCACAUCCCCAAAAAGGACCGUCAGAGCAAGUUCGAAGAGAUGAAGGCCAACUUCACCAACGUCUACGUGAAGAACGUCAACCCCGAGGCCCCCGAGGACGAGUUCCGCGAGCUGUUCACCAAAUACGGUGACGUCACGUCCUCCACUCUGGCUCGUGACCAGGAAGGAAAGAGCCGCGGCUUCGGCUUUGUCAACUUCACCACCCACGAGCAUGCUGCGAAGGCCGUUGAGGAACUGAAUGGGAAAGAGUUCCAUGGUCAGGAGCUUUAUGUCGGUCGUGCCCAGAAGAAGCAUGAGCGUGAGGAGGAACUCCGCAAAUCUUACGAGGCUGCCCGCCAGGAAAAGGCCAGCAAAUAUCAGGGCGUCAACCUGUACAUCAAGAACCUCAGCGACGAGGUUGAUGACGAUAGGCUGCGGUCUAUGUUCGCCGAGUUUGGUCCCAUCACCUCUGCCAAGGUUAUGCGUGACACCGUACAGGAGACCUCAGAGGAUAAGGACACCAAGGAUCAGGAGGGCAGUAAGGAAAGCAGCCCGGAGGGCGAGAAGAGCGGCGAGGAGAAGGAAGGUUCCGAGAGGAAGACGGAGAAGAAGAAUGAUAAGAAGCUUGGCAAGAGCAAGGGCUUCGGGUUCGUCUGCUUCAGCAAUCCCGAGGAUGCCACCAAGGCCGUUGCCGAGAUGAACCAGCGCAUGGUCGAUAACAAGCCUCUAUAUGUCGCUCUUGCCCAGCGCAAGGACGUCCGCAAGACCCAACUCGAGCAGAGCAUUCAAGCCCGCAACCAGAUGCGCAUGCAGUCUGCUGCCGCCCAGGCUGGUAUGCCCAAUCAGUACAUGCAGCCCCCCGUCUACUUCGCUCCUGGUCAGCAACCCGGCUUCAUUCCUGGUGCUGCCGGCCGCGGCAUGCCUUUCCCUCAGAACAUGGCCAUGCCCGGCGUUCAAGGAGGACGUCCCGGCCAAUAUCCUGCUGGGUAUCCUCAGGGUGGUCGAGGCAUUCCCCAGCAGAUGCCGCCAAACAUGUACGGCAUCCCGGGCCAGUUCCCUCCCGGCGCGGCUCCCUUCGGUGCCCAGGCCAACAACCCGCAAUUCAUUGCCGCCAUGCAGCAGGUACAGCAGGCCACCAUGGGCGGCGGUCGCGGCGGGGCUCAGGGCGGCCGGGGUCCAGUUCCGGCUAUGCAGGGUAUGCCCAACAUGGGAAUGAGCGGCCCUGGCAUGCCCGGCUAUCCCCCCAACAAUCGCCCGCAGCCUAGCCAGCCCGGCGGCCGUGGCGGCCCUCGCAACGGUCAGGCCCAGCAAAGCAACUUCCCUGCUCCGGCUGGCGGUCCUAGCCCCAACAUCAGCCACAUUCAGCAGCAGCUGAAUGCUGCCGCCGAUGCCCGUCAGCAGAAACAGAUCUUGGGCGAGCUCAUCUUCCCCAAGAUUGCCCAACAGCAACCUGAACUUGCCGGCAAGAUCACCGGUAUGCUCCUUGAGAUGGACAACGCGGAACUCGUAAACCUCAUCGAGGACGAGGCCGCCAUGAAGGCCAAGGUCGACGAGGCCCUCGGUGUUUAUGAGGAAUACGUCAAGAACCAGGGCGCCACCGAGGAAGAGAAGAAGCCGGAAGAGAGCAAGGCUUAG